GAGAAAUUGGAUUUGUGCAAGAAUAGCCUCGACAGCUGCAGCACACAGCAAGGCCAUUACAGCAGCCAUGAACGCGAAAACCACCUCCCAACCAUCUUCAGAUGCAUCUGAUAGGCAAUUGAAAUUACCUCCAGUUGAUUCAAGAAAAGUCUUUGCAUCUGUCAGCAUGAAGGAAGAAAAGCCAUUUGAUUUUCUGCGUACCGUAUUUGAGGGUGUCAUAGCAGGAGGUACAGCGGGUGUGGUUGUUGAGACAGCUUUAUACCCCAUUGAUACAAUAAAGACACGGCUACAGGCUGUGCGUGGAGGAGGACAGAUAGUAUUGAAGGGGCUUUAUGCCGGUUUGGGUGGAAACAUUGCUGGUGUGUUGCCGGCUUCUGCUUUAUUUGUUGGCGUGUAUGAACCUACCAAGCAGAAAUUGCUAAGGACUUUUCCUGAAAACCUUAGUGCAGUCGCACAUUUUUUGGCUGGUGCAAUAGGAGGUAUUGCUGCUUCUCUGAUUCGUGUUCCAACAGAGGUUGUUAAACAACGGAUGCAAACUGGACAAUUUGCAUCAGCUCCAGAUGCUGUGCGCUUAAUUGCAAGAAAAGAAGGUUUUAAAGGACUCUAUGCAGGAUAUGGAUCUUUUCUAUUGAGAGACUUACCUUUUGAUGCAAUUCAAUUUUGCAUUUAUGAGCAGCUACGGAUAGGUUAUAAGCUGGCGGCAAAGCGAGAUUUGAAUGAUCCUGAAAAUGCUAUAAUUGGAGCUUUUGCAGGUGCAUUAACUGGAGCUGUAACCACUCCCCUUGACGUCAUUAAGACAAGAUUAAUGGUUCAAGGAUCUGCAAACCAAUACAAGGGGAUUAUUGACUGCGUCCAAACGAUUGUCAGGGAGGAAGGACCUCCUGCUCUUUUGAAGGGUAUCGGACCUCGGGUGCUAUGGAUAGGCAUUGGUGGUUCGAUCUUCUUCAGCGUCCUUGAAAGCACAAAACGAUUACUGGCAGAGAGGCGUCCCACUGCUCGUGAAGAUCCAAAGCAAGACUAGUAAGCUCUCAUAACUUCCAAAAUCUAGAAUUAGUCAUGGCUAGUGCUUGUUCCUUUAAUUUAUGAGAUCAUGAUGAUACCAAUGAAAUGGAUAAUGAGAUGUAGACUUGUUGAUUCUUUGUAGAACAGUGACUGAACAACACUGAAAAAUAAUGAAUCAGUUUUCCCCAAAAUGGGGUGUUUUGUUUGGUGGCC